GGAUUUAUAGAUACUAUAUAGGAAAAAGAUUUUAAAUUAUAACAAAUAUUAUUUUAUCUCUGUUGGAUAUGUAAUGAUAAGAACCUCGUGUGUGUGUGGGUGUGUGUGUAUAUGUGUAUUAUCAACAAUUUGUUUACCACCAACUUCACUGUCUACGAUGUUGUGUGGCAGUGUUGUGUUCGCUUGAGUCAGUCCGUUAGUAUUCUUAAAAACGUAUUGCUCUCCUUGUUGUGUAUCACUAUUCGUGAGUUAUAAGAAUACGUACAUAAAUCGAUGAUGAUCAAGAGAAUUGCAACUAUUGCUCUGUUUGUGUUCCGACCCCAGAUGAUUUAUCAAUCCGCGGCCAAUAUUUGCUUCUGCCGAAGUUUGGCGUUUAAGAAAAAUAAAAUAGAAAUCAGCCAUGAUGACAAACUAACUAAAAAGAUUAGACCCAAAACCGUGCCUGUGCCUAAAAUUACUCUUUUGGGUCCUGAGAAAGAUAUAUCUGUUGUCACUAUGGAUGUUGCUACUAAGAUGUGUGAAAGACGAGGCCUAAAAUUAGUAAAAAUUAUCGAUAUUGAUACUAAAACCCAUCGCCCGGUGUACCAAAUGAUGACUGCUAAUCAGUUUCUAAAAGAAGAUAGUAAAAACCAUCAAAAUAAAGAUGAAAAAAUUCCUAAGAAAUCGAAAAGUGUGAAAACUUCAUUAAUAAAUUGUCGUAUUGGUCAAGCCGAUUUAGAAUCAAAAGUUAAUAACUUCUGUAAAUGGUUAAACAAAAUGCAUGAAGUGAGAGUGACAAUCACUGGUGAUACAGCUAAUGAGAUAGCUGAUGAAAUUAUUAAAAAAACUCAAGAGUGUUCAAGAGUUGUUCAGAGAAGAGAAAAAGGUGACUCGGUUAAAUUUCAAUUGUUACCAUUGAAAGUUAUCUAAUUCUUAUCUUAUAGUUAUUCCUAUAAAUAAAUAUUAUCUUUUUAUUUGAGAUUAGUAAUUACCUUGGAUUUUAAAUUUAUGAAGUACUUGAAA